AUGUCGCACACGUCGACGAUGAUCGUGCGCUUCAGCGAAACCGACGGACAGGGCGUCGUGUUCAAUGGAAGCUAUCCGGUGUACGCGGACGCCGCGUUCGACGCGUGGUUGGAGGCGGUGCGGGGACGGGCGUUCGCGUGGGACGUGGGACGAAAUCACGCCGUGGCGGCAAAGAGCACGUGGAAUUUCCGAAAGUCUGCAAAGUAUUUGGAUCGGAUCGAGGUGAAGUGCUCGGUGUCGCGGUGGGGGAACACGAGCUUUGAUGUGACGUACGAUGGGACGGUGGAUGGUGAAGCUUGCUUUGAUGGAGUGGUGACGUACGUGUGCGUGGACUCUGAACAUCGCAGACCGGUGGAAAUUCCCAAAGAUUUAAGAAAUGCCCUGAGCUCGACACCGCGCGCGAAGAUGUGA